AUGACUCCAAACACGAACCGUCUGACGGACGUCAUCAGCGCCGAUCACCGCGAAUUACAGGCCUACUACGAUCGCAUGGUCAACAGCGAUGAUCCCGACGAGCAGACUCGAUUCCAGAAUCAGUUGACUUGGGGCCUCGCGCGGCAUGUCGUCGGCGAGGAGCUUGUUCUCUUCCCUGCGCUCGACCGAUAUCUGGGACCGGGUGAGGCGACCCACGAUCGAAGCCAGCAUCAAACGAUCAAAGAAAAACUGCAAGUCUUCCAAGAUCUCAACACCUCCGAUCCUCGAUUCGUCCCAACCCUGACCAUGCUCAUGGACGAUCUCGCCUCUCACGCCCAGAUUGAAGAAUCCAAGGACCUGGUCAAAUUGGAGGGAGCCAUCACCGCCGAGGAAAGCCAGCGGCUGGCCAGAUCCUACGGCCGCACAAAAUGGUUCGCGCCGACCAGAGCACAUCCCAAUCUUCCGGCGGCUCCGUACCAGUCGAUCUCGAGUUUUCUUGCGGCCCCGAAGGAUUACUUGCAGGAUUUAUUCCGCAAGUGGCCCGAUCCGGAGGAUCUCCCUCACUUAGACUAG